UUUCGUUUUUAAUUGGCACUUCGCGGAUCGAAACAAAAACAGUUUCUUUAUUUUAUUUAGCUAAAUUAAUUUUGUUUUUUUCCUUUUCUUUGUUUAGUUUAGUUUUUGACUAAUUGAAUUAAGUUUUGACCGAAAAUAUUUUUUUUUUUUUUUUGAGUUUUUUGCUCCCAAACAAAUAUUAAUUUACGAGUUCAAAAUAACUAUAAAUAAAAUUAAAGAAAAAAAUAUAAAACUAUUUUUUAAGUAAUGAAGUUUUUCAGUUUUCUCUUUAUUUUAAUUUAAAAAUUUUAUGAUCGCAAAUAAAUAAUACUUAAAUAUUUUAGUUAAUAAUUCAAAUUUAAUGGAAAAAUAAUAAAAUAAAUUAAUAAUUAAUAAAUUAGAACUCAAAAUCCUUUUAAAAUUAAAAAAAUUCUCUUUGAUUGAAAAGAAUUAUUUAAAAACCAUUUUAAUGAAUAAAAUGAUCUCCAAAUAACCUAAAAUAAUUAGGGAAAUUACUGGGUGUUUUUACUGUAAAAUUCACAUCCAGAUAUCAGCUAAUUUUUGAUUUUACAGUUCAGAAAACUUAUUAAAGAAAAUAAUAAGGAUAAUUUUUCUGUUUUUUAUUUAUUUCAAUCUCAAUACUUAUUGUUUUUAUUUUAUAAAAAUAAAAAAAAAAAUUUAUACUUAAUUGAAACAUUGAAAAGGGAAAUUAAAAACAAAAUGCUUAUUAAAUAUUAAAAUAAUGCAAACUUUCAAUUAAAAUUAAAAUUAAAAUAAGAGUGAAAGGUACUUUAAUUAAAUAAAAUUCAUGGUUGUUUCUUUAAAAUGUAUGACGCAGAAAAAGAAAAUCAUUUAUAAUUUAUUGGGAAAAAAAAGUAUAUUGUGCGUAAAUUAUUUUAAGAAAAACAAAAACAAUAAAGAGACAAGAACAAGUAUAACAAAAAAUUUAAGGUUGAAAAGGACGAAAAAAGCAUAUGAAAACAUAAAAAUUCGACAGCAGAGCUGAAAGAAUAGAAGAAAAUGUCAAUUUAAUGUAAGUGUCUUCAAUUGAAAUUUUUAACUAAAAUUGCGUCACAUUACUUAUGUAGAUAAUUUUUCUGAACACUUUACUGAAGCUAAUACUUAUGUGAUGACUGAAUGAUCUAAAUUGCUAGAAAAGGCCGCCUGGAAAAAAUAUCUUAUAUCGUUUAUAAUAUCUAUUUAAUCAUAAUUGUUCAGUAUAAUAAUAACACAAUGGUGUCAUCACAGUAACAAUUAGAACGGCAAACACGAUAGUAAUGAACUGAUAGCAGCAGUGAAAAUUUCAAAUCGUUUAUUUAGAAUAAAAAUAAAAUUGUUAAAUUUGAAAAUAAAUUUUACGAUCAAAAUCAUAAAAUGAAUUUUCAAAUCAAAUUAAAUUCAUUGAAAUUGAGUAUUAUAAAAUGUGACACUUUAUUGCAUGAAUAACAAAAAAAAAAUUUAAUUAAAUAAAAUGUUUUAUAAAUAAUUUAAAAAUAAGGAAAAAAGAAAGAACGCAUAAUAAUUUACGAUCAAAAAAAUUAAAGUGAUUUUAAAAGAGAGAGAGCAAGAGAAUUUGUUAUAAAGAAAUAAUUAAAAGUGAAAUUAAAAUUAAGAAACAUCGGCGACAAUAGAAACGACCGACAAACAACAAAAUAAUAAAUGCUGCAGCAACAAUAAAAAAACAGCAAUUACUGUACAGUCAACCACACUAAUGUUUUUAUUGUAGUGAAGUUAAUAAUUAUUAUAAUAUGAAUAAUACUGCAAGUCUACAAAAUAUUUCAGUAGCAAUAGAUUUAAAAAGUAACAAUUAAAUUGAAAAUUUAUUGAAAAUAUUAAUUAUAUACAGUAAUUAUUAAAGCUGAUAAAAGUGAGAUAACAAUCGAUUGUAGGUGAUUCCAAGUACACAAUUGUAAAACACAAAUAUAAAAAAUAAAAGAAAAACAACUAGAAAAUCACAAUACAAGGAAAAGAAAGAAAAAAAAAUUUUAAAUUUAAAAAUAUUUUACUUUCUGCACACAUUGGUUUUGAUUAUCGCGGGUGUUUGUUCGCAUCGCAGUACAAUCCUUGAUAGUUUUGCACUUUUAAUCAGUUCGCCUUUUCAGUAUUUUAAGAAAAAUAAUUAUUUAUUUAUAUUAUUGAAAAAUAAGAUAUUUUUUUUUUAAAUAUAAGAGAAAAAAUUUAAAUAUUUUUAAUUUUCAAACUAGUUCAAUGUCAACUUUUAAUUGUAAUAAAAUAAAAAAAAAAUUUUUUUAAAUUUCAAAAAUAUGAAAUAAAAUUUUAAAUUUUAAUAGAAAAUAGUGAAUUAUUAAAAAAGAAAUAAAUGAAAUCAGAAUAUGUGUAGCAUAAAACAACGAAAAAAUUAGUGAGAAAUAAGUGAAAGCAACAUAAAAAGAAAUAUAAAAAGCCGGUAAACUAACUUAGAGUUUCUUCCAAAUUUUUUAUAUUAAGUUUUUGUAUUUUUUAUUUUUAUUUUCGAGCAAAGUAAAACUCAUAAAAUAUAAAAAUUAUAUUGAAAGAAUCAAUUUUAAAUUAUUGUAUCGCAAUAAUUCGAUAUUAAAAAGGAAAAAUAAAAAUCCUGUAAAAAUGACUCAAACAUCAUUUCGAUUUAAAAUAUUAUUUACUUUUAUAUUUUUAUCAUGGUUCUAUUUAUUGGUAUCAUCAGCAGCUGGUGCUGAAUCUGUACCAUUUCCAAAAGAACCAAUAGCAACAUCAACACAUCGUAUUGAUGAUAAAUUAAGUGGUGUCGUUGGUAAUGGAGGUGUCGGUAAUGGUGAUCGUUAUGGUGAUCGUGAUAGUUAUGUAUUAGCAUUUAUUAAUUUUACAUAUAGUGCAUCAGAUGGUGAAGAAAUUCGUAGAUCUGAAGAGAAAGCACGAUAUGGUGAAGGUAGAAUAUUAAAUGUACAAGGACAUUUAGUACAUGUAACACGUGAACAUAAUGUAUCUGAUCAUACAGCAUGUACAGAAAAUAUACGUGGUACAAAUAAUAAACCAUUACCACCGAGAGGUGAACCAUGGAUUGCAUUAGUUAGACGCGGUUCAUGUACAUUUGAAAAAAAAAUUCGUCACGUUUGGUUACAAGGUGCCGCUGGUGUUAUAGUUUAUAAUGAUGAGGCUUCAGUUAGUUUAGAAAAAAUGAAAAUUAUUGAAAAAGAAAGGAAUAUUACAGCUGUAUUCACAUUUAGAUGGAUUGGUGAAGAAAUGGCCCGAGUUGCUGAUAGUAAUCAAAAAGUUUGGGUAUCAAUAUCAGAGGGUACAAGAGGAUUUAGACCAACUAAUAUAAAUAAGACAUCAGUUUUAUUUGUUUCGAUAUCAUUCAUUAUUUUAAUGGUAAUAUCUUUAGUCUGGUUAAUAUUCUAUUAUAUACAAAGAUUUAGAUAUUUACAAUCAAAGGACCAAAACGAACGAAAUUUGUGUUCUGCUGCGAAGCGCAUUAUUAUGAAAAUUCCAACGAAAAGUGGUAAAACUGAAGAUAAAGAAGCUGAAACUGAUUGUUGUGCUAUAUGUAUUGAAAAUUAUAAAUCAACUGAUUGUAUUAGAGUUCUUCCAUGUCGUCAUGAAUUUCAUAAAAACUGUAUUGAUCCAUGGUUAUUAGAGCAUCGUACAUGUCCUAUGUGCAAAUUGGAUAUUCUUAAACAUUAUGGUUUUGUGUACGAUUUAUUCAUCGAUAACGUAAAAUUUUUUGUGGAUAGAAUAUGCAAUAGUACACAAACUGAGCCGAAUACAUUAUUACAAUUAUUACAAAUAAUUAUAAUAGGCAGUGAAGAAAGUUUCUUAGAUUUAGAUUUAGAUGCUGAAUUAGGACAAGGUCGAUUAUCAAGGCGACGAAAUAGUGAUAUAAGUGUGUCAACAAAUAUGUCAGCCAGAAUACAAACACCAAUUUUAUUGAAUAGAGCUUCAUUAACAAUUGGUGGCUCAGAUGAUACACAAUUAUUACAAGUUCCUGGUCCUCGUAGAGUACGAAGUUCUUCAUUACAAUUAUUGAGUCCAUUUUGUAAACGACAUGAAAUUAAUAAAGCUAGUCAUACUUUUACUUCUUUAUCACCUGAUGAUAUAAGAAAUUUCGAUAUGGAUCUGAAUAAUAUACGUACGAAACCGACUCAUCAUAGAAAAUUAAGAUCUCGUUCAGCUGAUACAUGUAGAGAUUCAUAUAAUCGUAGAUUAUCAGCAAAUCUAGAUUAUUGUAAAUUUAAAAAUGAAGCAUCAACAUCUGGAACAAGUAAAUCGAAACAAUAUUGUGAAAAUAUUCAAAUGCAAACUAGUAGAAAUUGUUCAUCAUGUGAAUUAAGAAGAAAAUCAUUAAUUGAUCAAACAGAAAAUAAAGAAAUUGUAACACCAUGUAAUAUUACUAUAAGAAUAAUUGAUGAUGAUGAAAGUGCUAGUGAAAGUGAUAAAAGAAAUUCUACAGAUGAUAGUACAUCACAUUUAUGAACAUAUAAACAGAAAUACAAUAUUUUCAUUAUUCUAAAUUAUGUAUUAUUUAACUUAAUAUUAUUAAUCUUAUGUAAUAUAAUAAUAAAGAAAAAAAUAAUUAAGUUUGUUAUACUAAGAAUAUUAUUUUGCA